AUGGCUCAACCUGAGGCCCAUGAAAUCCCUACAAGGCGCACACCUGCACACUGGAGAAACAAAGAGAUCACCACUCUGGUUAAUCAUAUCAAAGACCAUCAAGAUGGUGAAGAGCAACUCAAGUCUAUACAUCACACUAUUGAUAAAUACCACAACCAGACCAGCACACAUUGGGACAGUGCCAAUGGAGCUGGGAUCCAUGGCCCUACAGCAUCCACUGUGUGGGAUUCAUACAUUGCACUCAGUUCCAAUACUCAGAUGUGUCCAUUCUGCAACACAGGCUGGCCUUACUUUGAAAAGAUGCAGGAAAUAAUUCCCUUGGGUGGCACUAGAGGGCGCCAUGCUUUCCACCCAGGUGCUAUGGGUCCUCCACCAGUACCAGACACUGAUGAGGAUGAGCCUGGCCUUGCUCAGGCUCCAGCCCUCUCUUCUGCCAGUCCUUCCUCCACCAGUGGACCCCCCAUUGCCACCAAUCAUUCCUCUAUCACUGGCCCUUCAUUUACCACUGGUCCUUGCUCUAUCACUGGUGGUCUCUCUACUGCUACCAGCUCUGCUGGUGCCAAGUGCCCUUAUGAGGAUACCAAUUUCAAUUCUGUCAAGACCAUGUCGUUUGCAUUAACCCAUGAAUCGGUGUAG